GCAGGCGGCAGGCGGCGGCGGACAGUGGGCAGGGGCGGCCGGCCGGCCAGGGCCCCGAGGAGGCGGCGGCGGCGGCAGGAUGAUCAAGCUGUUCUCGCUGAAGCAGCAGAAGAAGGAGGAGGAGUCGGCGGGCGGCACCAAGGGCAGCAGCAAGAAGGCCUCCGCCGCGCAGCUCCGCAUCCAGAAAGACAUUAAUGAGCUCAACUUGCCCAAGACCUGUGAGAUUGACUUUUCUGAUCAGGACGACCUCCUCAACUUCAAGCUGGUCAUCUGCCCCGAUGAGGGCUUCUACAAGGCUGGCAAGUUUGUGUUUAGUUUUAAGGUUGGCCAGGGUUACCCCCACGACCCACCCAAGGUGAAGUGUGAGACCAUGGUUUAUCACCCCAACAUCGACCUUGAGGGCAAUGUCUGCCUUAACAUCCUCAGAGAGGACUGGAAACCAGUGCUAACGAUAAACUCCAUCAUCUACGGGCUGCAGUAUCUGUUCUUGGAGCCCAACCCCGAGGACCCCCUGAACAAGGAGGCGGCUGAGGUCCUGCAGAAUAACCGGCGCCUCUUCGAGCAGAACGUGCAGCGCUCCAUGCGCGGCGGCUACAUCGGCUCCACGUACUUCGAGCGCUGCCUCAAAUAGGUGGGGGCGGACUGACGGACGGACAGCCCCGCCCCCCGGGCCGGCCCUCCUCCUCCGGGCCCCUCCCCCUGGUUGGGGUGGGGGACGGGGCGUCCGCGGCCCCCGGGCCACAUAUUUAUUGGGGGCCGGGGCCUCGCGCGGGAGUGGGGAUGGGGAGGGGUCUCCGGCUGCACCCCGCCCCCAGUUCUCUUUUUGGGUUUAGUUUUUUUUUAACCACGUGAUUGAUGGGCGCCGCCCUCCCCCGCCCCAGUCGUCAGGAUCAGAGAAGGGAAAUGAAUUGGAUUGUCCCCGGACCCCGCCCCCACUCUCACUCGAGUUUGUGUCAGGUUAUUAAAAGGGGAAUGUUGAUGCAGUG